AUGGGAAAAUUUGAUGUUUCACUUAUCCGAUAUUUAUCAGGAGAAGAUUAUCGAGUCUUAACAGCGAUCGAAAUGGGCAUGCGCAAUCAUGAAUUAGUUCCAUUACAAUUACUAUGUGUCAUAGCAUCACUUAAACAUGGUGGUUGUCAUAAAAUUUUACGUGAAUUAGUUCGUCAUAAAUUAGUCGCAUAUGAUGCAACAGCAAGAAGAAAAUCUGCUAACAAUGAAGGUUAUCGUUUAACCAAUCUUGGAUACGAUUAUUUAGCACUGAAAGCACUCGCUUCAAGAGAUGUUAUAAAUUCUGUCGGCAAUCAAAUUGGUGUUGGAAAAGAAUCAGAUGUUUAUAUUGUUGCAAAUGAAGAGAAUGAACAAAUGAUUUUAAAAUUACAUCGUCUAGGCCGAACAUGCUUUCGACAGUUAAAAAACAAACGUGAUUAUCUUAAACAUAGACAAGGAUAUAAUUGGUUAUAUCUUGCAAGACUUGCUGCACUCAAAGAAUUCGCUUUCAUUAAAGCUCUAUAUGAACAUAAAUUUCCUGUACCAAAACCAAUUGACCUCAAUCGACAUUGUGUUGUUAUGGAAUUAAUCGAUGGUUAUCCUUUAUGUAACGUCAAGAACAUUGAUAAACCAGGCAAAAUUUAUGACGAAUUAAUGUCAAUGAUAGUUAAUCUUGCAUCCUACGGACUUAUUCAUUCAGAUUUUAAUGAAUUUAAUUUAAUGAUAAAUGAUGAUGGUCGUAUAACAAUGAUUGAUUUUCCACAAAUGGUUUCAAUAUCGCAUUUAAAUGCUGAUUAUUAUUUUGAUCGUGAUGUUCAAUGUGUUCGAGAUUUUUUUCGACGUCGAUUUAAUUUUGAAAGUGAUCACUAUCCUAAAUUUGCUGAAAUUAUACGUUUGCAUUCACUCGACAAUGACGUACGAGCAAGUGGAUUUUCAAAAGAAUUAGAAAAACAAUUCGAACAAGUAUCAGAAACGAUUGGUCUAAGACAGGAUGGUGAUAAUGAUAACCAAGCAAUUGAAGAAGAAGAGGAAGAAGAAGACGAAGAUGAGGAAGAAGAGCUGGAUGAGGAGCCAGCAUCAUCUAUUCCUAAAAAUGAUGAAAUCAAUAAAUUAACAGAAAUUAUUACUUCCAAUCACCUGUUAAUAUCACCUACUGUUGAUGAAUUGAACGAGAACGAAAAUCGUUUAUAUAAACCAUUUCAUGAUGAUAAUAAAGGAGAACCAGAAGAAAAUGAUAAGGAUGAUAUUCAAUCAGUAACAUCAACAUCAAGAAAAUUAUCCAAAUUAUCAAUCGAUAAAGACUAUGUACGAGCAAAAGUAAAACAAACCUUACAGAAGAAAUUAAAACAACAACAUCGUCGUUUAUGUACUAAAGGUGAAGCCGCUUUAGUAACAGCACAAAAACGUGAUCAUCAAGACACCAUUCAGUUACAUCUUGAAUAG